UCCAUCGCUUCAUCAUGGACAACGGUUCCGUUUAUCUCUACCACGACUUUCGCUGCAGAACAUCUCGCGGCGACAAGCGGAUCAUCGAUACCGGGCAUCGAGUACUCCGAACAAUCGUUACUAUCUAAGAACCCACUGGACCAUCUCACUACCCCGUCAAUACCUGAUACCAUCACCGUCACCACGCCGUAUCCGACCUCAGUCUUUGCCCCGCACCACCACAACCACUCCAUCUCACCUAUGCCUCCACGCCGGAACCGAACGUCGAUCUUCGGCACGACUCCGCAAGUGUUCGGGGCCAUAACUUUCGCUGGAUUGUUCUCCCUGUUCGGUCCAUCGAGCGCCGAGCUCACCGAACUCGACGAGACAUGGAUUGCGACGUCGAACUCCUGGCUGGAUCGGUCAGCAUGUCGGUGGAUUGGGGUUUGCGGAUUAAAGCAUCUCAACCCAGAUGGAUGGAUAUUCCAGCCGGGCGAGGAGCCACCCCUCGUGCCUCCUGCGAAGGACGAUCCCGCCCUAUCCGCCGCUUUCGAGGAUAGUUGGAGAGAGGAUGGUAGCAGCUGGACGGAGGAGGAGAAGCGGAUUCGGGAGAUUCCGAGCUAUGUCAUGACGUACGCGCCGUAUGUGCACCUCUAUUCAGAGGAGGAAUACUGGCCAUCGGAUGUUGCGGAGCAUCUGAUGCAUACCACCCCCUAUCUCAACUAUACCCCUGCCCCCGAGAAAACCUGGGAUUUCGAUCUGGACGCUCUGCACCGGCUGAACCAUUGGGGGAAGUCCGUUUACUUGCAGAGUAAAGACAACGUUGAAGAGCGUCCAGACUGGCUCGGUAGCCAGGUGAACGUUCCGGUACCGCCGUCCCUCGACGAUCCAAAGCCAGAGCCCGACAUUUCCAUCCCAGAACUCAACGAUCCUCAACUAUCUCCUCGAGCAGUUGCGCCUCCCAUCGAGCCGCCAAUCGGUUCGCACCGACGCAUGGGCACUCUUCGCGCGGGGGAAUCGAAACAAUGGAUGUUCGGCAAGAAGGUUGAAGGCGGACGCAGCAAAGCCCCCGCCACCCUUGUCGUCGUCGACAAAGGCAACGGCACCGUCGAUGCCUUUUGGUGGUUCUUCUACAGCUAUAACCUAGGCAACGAGGUGUUUGGUGUACGGUUCGGAAACCAUGUGGGCGACUGGGAACACAUGGUAGUGCGAUUCGCCAAUGGGACGCCGACGUCGGUCUUCAUGAGUCAGCAUGAGAACGGAGUGGCGUACAACUAUGAUGCGGUGGAGAAGAUCGGGAAGAGGCCUGUCGGUUACUCUGCCACCGGCACCCACGCCAUGUACGCCACACCAGGGGUUCAGGCCUACAUCCUCCCCUUUGGCCUCCUCUACGACCUCACCGACCGCGGCCCUCUCUGGGAUCCCGCGCUCAACAUGUAUUCCUACACCUACAACAUGACCACCCGCGAGGCCCGCAGCUCGAACCUCACUCCCGACGCGCCGACCGGCCUGAUCAACUUCCGCGGCCACUGGGGCGACAAGACCUACCCGCUCAGCGACCCGCGGCAGUACCGCUUCGCGGGGCAGUAUCAUUACAGCAGCGGGCCGCCCGGGCCGAAGUUCCACCGCUUGAACCGGACGAACAUCUGUCAGAAGGAGGGGGGAUGUGACAUUCGCGAUUGGCGGUGAGCGGGCGUACGGGGUUUGAUUUGACGACGUUAUGGAUCCGCACGGGAUGCGGAUGGGAUACGGGGUACGGGACAUGACGGGCGAUGAAUAGGCGUUCCUUGAUUUGGCGACGAUGGGUUGCAUUACGGUAUGGGCUACAUGGCAGCUGGUUUUCCGGUCGCUCCGCGUUCUGGCACAGGUGCUCGGGUACGUCAAGGCAUGUGGGACUGGAUCGGGAAUCGCGACAUCCUCUGGUCGGGGGCACUAAACGCGGUUAG